AUGCCUGCCUCCCAGCGGACCACCAGCAGAAGGCCCUCCCGCCGGCCCUCCUACGCGCAGUCAACUGCAUCAUUCGAGGGAAAACGCCGUCGCAGCAAUGCCAGCAUACAAACGGGCCGUGGAGGUGGUAGUGGUGAGGCUGGUAUCAUCCGGAGUCGGCCACAGGAAGACACCUCCCGGCAUAACAGCAUUUCGUCGAUCGACAGGUUAAGCGUUGCGCCACGAAGGGAGCCACGGCGGAGCGUUCCUGUUGACCACAUAGAGCCACCGCGCAGCAAUCCUGUUGAGUUAGCCGGAAAUACUCCAGUCGAGGUACCGCGGAGCCAUCCUGUCGAUAUCACGGAGCCACCUCGACGUGAUUCUGCUGUGCAAUCUGGAGUUAGUCCGUUCGAAGCACCACAGCGAAAGCCUGUGAAGAAGAACGUAAGUCAGCCUGAACCAAAUACCUACCAGCCCCUGAAUUUGCGAGUCCCGGCCGAUGCCAAACCCAAGCCGGACCGGCGUUCUUUCAUAGGCCUUGAGUCUCUGCAGGAACGCAAGGGGAAGCUGCCCCUGGGUUACCCAGAUGUUCCUGAGAAGAGGUAA